AGUUUGCAAAUUUAAACAUAUUACUUGAAUAAUCUGGUCCCAUAUCAUUAAGACACUUACAAACAAUGGGAAAUAACCUUAAACAUUUACAAAUAUAUUUGAAACUAGGAAAGAUAAUAUCAUUUAAGUACAAUUUAUGGAGAAGGAGAUAUGGGAACUAUACAGUUUCAAAGUCAUUGAUAUUGAGUUAGAGGUAAUUGUUUAGGUCGAGAGGUCAGGAAAUAAAAAUCACUAUCCUGAUUAAGCCUUAAGGUCUAGUAAAAAACAUACCAUGCCACACAAUCGAAUCAUAGCAUAAUCAAUGGAUCCCUUAAAGAUGGAUGGGCAUAAUUUUUAUUUAAGAUUACAAUUACCAAUCUUGGAUAGGUGAAGCAAUAUGAAGCAAAGUGUGGAAGAGGCUCUGAUCUCUUUGGGUAACUUUGGAACCCUACAAUUGAUAACGACUGCUGUUUUUUCUCUGUACCAGUUCAUUGCUUGUGUAGUUGCGUUUUCUGUGUCUAUUACUCUGAAGGUACCAGACUGGGAGUGUGCAACAGAAAAAUGCACAGAUAUAUUGCGAGAUAACAAAGCUGACAGAUUAACGGCUUUCUGUCAACUCAACCCUUCUGAUUACAAAUGGGCAGACCGUACAAACAUAGCAACAGAGUACAGUGUGUUCUGUUCUACCGCGUAUCUAGCUGCUCUGUCCAUAUCGUACUAUUUUGUGGGCUAUGCAGUGGGCACCACAUCACUUGGGGUCCUUGCAGACAGAUAUGGUAGAAAGCGAGUAGUUGUACCUGUACUGCUGAUCUACACUGGUAUAACCGGACUGGUUGCCAGUUCCACCUCAUACCACCAGUUUCUCCUGCUCAGAGGUAUUAGUGGAAUGUUACACGGUGGACUUCAGAAUGUAACUCACGUUCUGCAGGCUGAACUUAUUCCGCCCAAGUACCGAAACGCGUGUAACACCAUGAAGGAAGGAAUGUUUGGGUUCGGCUUAUCAAUCUCAGCUGUGAUGCUGUACUAUAUUACUUCCUGGAGGCUUCAGUUCGUCAUCCUCUGCGUUCUCCUCGGAAUUUGUGCGGUGAUAGUCCAGACUAUGCUUCCAGAGUCUCCCUUUUACUACGCAGGAAAAGGUGACAUGGACAGAGCUCUGAUCUCCCUACAGAAGAUAUCCCUCACAAACAAAGUCCCCCUACCUCACACCCUUAUCUUAGAACGGCCCACAAAACCAGGAACCACCACUUCGUCUGAGUCCAUAUUCGGCAUACUCCACGUGUCCAUGGUAAGGAAGCUGGGUGUAGUGUCCUUGUUCUACGCCUUCUUCACCAUGGCUCUGUUGCUCUACUGUUUGUCGUAUCACGUGUCCGCUGUCCCCGGGGAUGUGUAUAAUAAUAGUUUUCUAAUGGGGUUAACUUCUGUUCCGGCUUACUAUUGGCUGUACAGAUACGGUGACAAGCUUGGAAGGAAAAAGUGCCUGAUAAACCUGUACAUGUUAACUGUGUGCAGUUUAUUAGUGGCGUGGUGUGACUCACGUGGCACAGCCCUCUUCCACACAGUUACCGUCCAGUUGUUAGCGUUCGUUACCGCGCGUUCCUGCAUGCUGGCUAUUGCUAGUCUCAUGUACUUGUACACCAGUGAGCUUUAUCCUUCAUCCGCUAGAUCUGGUCUAGUUGGACUCAGUUCCAUGAUAGCACGAGCGGGUGCUAUCCUCUCCUCUUACGUCCUAGUCCUGGACACCUACGACCCCUCCCUUGUCUACAUUAUAUGUGUGGUAGCUGCUGUGUUAGCACUUGUCUUGCUAGCUAGACUGCCCGAUACUACAGGUAUACAGCUGCCUCAGACGUUUGGUGAGUGUGAUGCGCUCUUCCAGGGUCAGGUUGGGGGUCCUGUGGAGGAUCUCAGCAGGAUGGCUUGAUUUAUAAUUAAUUAUUAAUAAUGAUUAAUUAAUGGUAUUUAACUGUAGCUUGUUAUAAUUCCUAUAUUAUGGUGUGGAGGGUUCGAAAUUGUAGGUGCUUGAGUUGUGAAUAAGAUGAGAAUAUUGGAUUGUUUGUAUAUAACCUGUUUGGAUACAGGAUGCAGAUAGUUUUAAUAGUUGUGAUGGUUUAAGGUGUAUAUAUUAGGUUCUUUCAUAUUGUUAUAUUGAACUUCAGUUGGAUUGUUAACUUGCCUUCCAAAAAUGAAAACCACUCGGUUACAGUUUACACCCCAUUUAAAGGUUUUGCAUGCUUAAAGAUAGUUUUUAAUAAAGAUCAGGUCCAAAUUCAGUUUUAAGAACGAUUCAAGUAAUUUUGUUUUAAAUGCAGAUAACUUAGUUGCCUUGUUGGAGCUUGUCUAACUGCAUUGGUAGAUUCAAGUAAUUUUGUUUUAAAUGCAGAUAACUUAGUUGCCUUGUUGGAGCUUGUCUAACUGCAUUGGUAAUACAAUUUUUUCAAAUUGUUGAUAAUUUAAUAUAAAAGCAUUGAAACAUUUUACUAAAUAUAGUUUGCGCUGUAACCCACUUUUGGAAGGUAAGAUUCUGUAUCGUAUAAUAUUUAAAUGAUAUAUUAAUUGCAGAGAAACGUAUAAAUGUUUAUUAGACAACUGGGUACCUUAUUAAAAAUAAAUCACUUUGUUGAUUUUUUUUAUGUUGAUUACAGUUUUCAGCUGGCUUUCUCAGAAUUCCGGGUCGCCAUAUUUUCGUAUUAUAUUUUUAAUAAAAUCAGAUAGUUUGAUUGGAUGUUUGAGAACAGAUUGAUAUUAUAGGCGUUUUUCUAUAAAGAAAUAUAUUUGCUUGAAGACUGAAGAGGAGUCUUUUUCAGAGUUAAUGACGAAAUAUUGUUUUAAUAAUAUUGCAUACUAGUGUAUAAAUAUAGCUUAUUGUCAUACUAUUUGGUGCGUGAUUAUUUGAUAUCGAGAAUCUUUUUAAUCAGAUGGUUCUUUUUUAGUUUGCUUUAUUUGUUUCUGUCAAAAUGCGUUAUCUUUCUUGACAGAGUUUUUGAUUGUCGUCUUUAAAAUCGUUGAUUGUUCAAUAAUUUAACCGAUAUUCUUAUAUAUAUUACUGUGAUUUGUGAUUAUAAUCCUGUAUUAA